AUGCGACUUUCACUGCUGCUCUUCAGUUCGCUUUUCUGCUUGGCUUUUGGUCACAUCAAUGGAACACCGGCGUAUUCACCACCAAAAGCACCACUGCCUCUGCCGCUGCCGGAGAGUUCCAGGCGUGCUCCACCGCCACCACCACCACCACCAAGACCCAUACCCAGACCACCUCCUCCAAGGCCAAUACCCAGACCACCGCCACCCAGGCUAACGCCACGACCUCUCAAACCGACUCCACCGCGAUUUGUUAGACCUCCUACUGCACCACCCUUCAGGAGGCCAACUAUUCCACCACCCAGGCCCACCAGAAGAGUUCCCAUCACAAGGCGACCAACCAGGAGGAUCACAAAGCCACCAGUUACCCGAAGACCCACCGCCAGGCCAACUCGUCCACCUGCAGUGCGAACCACUCGAAAAUUUCUGAUCUGGUCACGGGCACCCACUAGAUUGCUACCGACCAAACCAAACAUAAGGCCCACUCUCUGGACCAGACCUCCAGUGCGUCCUCCAUUGCCAACGGUUCGUCCAACGCGCACAAGAGUUGGUCCCACCCUAUGGACAAGACCUCAUAUAAGAGUCACAGUACGACCCACCCACAGACUCACAAUCAGACCCACAAUCAGACCCACCAUUCGAGCCACUCUAUGGACACGACCUCCAAUAAGACAUUCAAGCCCCACACGAGGAGUCACCAAUAGACCCACCUUAUGGACAAGACGACCCUUAGGAUCCACCUUGGCCACAAGGACUCCAGUUAGAGCUACGAUUCCCACAUUACCGCGAUCCACUUUAUGGACCCGACCUCAAGUUAGAACUACUAGACGACUGACAUUUAUUUUCAACGAACCCACAAAAAAGCUUCCCACACCACGACCAAUUCGAACCACCAGAGCUCCACAUCCGGACAUAACUCGAUCCACAAGAAGUUUGAUAUUCAUAUUUCCCAGGGACACCACCUCUGUAGCUCGACGUCCAAAUUGGACUGUACAUCCAACAGGGCGUACGAGAACUACUUUAGUAGCUUGAAGCCUUUAGGCUUAUAAGCUGGAAUAAAACAUAUAUUAACACAUAUGUAUAUGUAUGUACAUAUGAUCUUUAAGUAUUCUCUGCAAGCGCGCGAUGUUGAAUUUUAUAUAACCAAGAAGUCAGCUAAAUGGCGUAGAUGGCUGGCUCAUUAAAUAUAUUGAAGGACAGAAAGGCAGGCUUUGUAAUAAACUAUCUUUUUAAAAAUAUGACCUCUAUCAAAUCGAAGUCUGUAAAUUCCAAAUCCAAUUUAACUUAAAUACAGCGGGCACCAGACUUUGAAUGCUUUUUCCUAGAGUUAAUUGCACAUAAAUAGUAGUUUAAAGUUGAAUAAAGUGCCGAAUUAGUUUCCAGUUCUGGUUAGAGCCAACUUAAAA